AUGGCUUUCUUCGACGAUUCCAAUGCCAUCUUCUAUGUAACACCGGAAGAUAUUGGAAGGUAUUCAUUAGUUUUCUUUCUUUCUUUCUUUCUUUCUUUCUUUUUUUUUUUCUUUCUUUCUUUCUUUCUUUACUUUUCUUUGCUUUUCUUAUUUAUUUACCUUUCUUUCUUUACUUUUCUUUGCUUUUCUUAUCUAUUUACUCCAUUAGCCUUUCUUUCUUUCUUUCUUUCUUUUCUUUCUUUCUUUCUUUCUUUCUUUCUUUCUUUCUUUCUUUCUUUCUUUCUUUCUAUUUCAGCCAUUUUUCCUUAUAAAUUUACUCUGUAUAAAACUGCUUCUUUUCCCACCACUAAGUUUUUCAUCAUUUUUUUUAUUUUUAUUGUACCCUCUCUCUCUCUCUCUCGUCACUAUCUCCCUUUCUCUCUCUCAAUAAUUUUUUCUAUCUAUUUUUUAUUUAAAUUUUUUUGUUUCUCUUCUUUCUUUUUCUUUCAUCUUCUAUUUUUUUUCCUUCUCUUUUUUUUUAUUUUUUUUUUAUUUUUUAUUUUUAUUGAACCCUUUCUCUCUCUCUCUCUCUUUCUCCAUUCUUUCUCUCUUUCUUUCUUCAAUUUCUUUUUUUUUCUCCUCUCUCUCUCUUUUUCUUUCUCUCCUUUUUCCCUCUUUUUCUUCUCUAUCUCUUUCCCUUCUCAAUCCUUUACGUUCUAUUUUUUUUUUUUCAUUUUACUUGAACCCCUCCUCUCCGUCUCUCUCUCUCCUUUCUCUCUUUCUCUCCCCUCUUUUUCUUUUUUUCUCUUUUUUGAAAAUUUUUUUUUUCUCUCUCUACCCUUUUUCCCUUUUCUCUCUCUCUAUCUCUCUCUCCCUCUCAAUCCUUUUACACAUCUCUCCCCCCUUUCAAUCCUUUUACGUUUUAUCUACUUUUUUAUUUUUAUUGUACCCUUUCCCUCUCUCUGUCGCCAUUUUUCUCUCCCUUUCUCUUCCUCUCUCUCUCUCUUUCUCUCUAUUCUUUUCUCUCUCCCCUCUUUUUCCCUCUUCUCUUUUUUCUCUCUCUUUUCUCUCCUCUUUCAAUCCUUUUUACGUUUUAUCUACUUUUUUUUUUUUUUACCUUUUCCUCUCUCUCUCUCUCUCGCCAUUUUUCUCUCUCUUUCUCUUCCUAUCUCGCUCUUUCUCCCUUUUUCUCUCCCCUCUUUCCCUCUUUUUUCUCUCUCUCUCUCUCUCUAUCUCCUUCUCUCUCCUCCUCCACUCCUUUUACGUUCUAUGUACUUUUUUAUUUUUAUUGUACCCUUUCCCCUCUCUCUCUCUCUCGCCACCUUUCUCUCUUUUCUUUCCUAUCUCUCUUUUUCUCUCUUCCUUUCUCUCUCUUUCUUUUCUUUUUUUUCUCUCUCUCUCUUCUUCUUCUCUCUCCUCCUCACAAUCCUUUUACGUUCUAUGUUCACUUUUUUAUUUUUAUUGUACCCUUUCCCUUUCUCUCUCUCUCCACUUUUUUUUUCUUUUUUUUCUUCCUAUCUCUCUCUUUUUCUCUCUUCCUUUCUCUCUCCCCUCUUUCCCUCUUUUUUCUCUCUCUCUCUAUCUCCUUCUCUCUCCUCCUCACAAUCCUUUUACGUUCUAUGUACUUUUUUAUUUUUAUUGUACCCUUUCCCUCUCUCUCCAUCUUUUUCUCUCUUUCACUUCCUCUCUCUCUCUCUUUUUCUCUAUUCCUAUCUGUCUCCCCUCUUUCCCUCUCUCUCUCUCUCUCUGUCUAUCUAUCUCCUUCUCUCUCCACCUCUCAAUCCUUUUACGUUCUGUCUACUUUUUCGGCAGCAAAACUCAGUUCAGCUACUGUUCUUAUUUUUGUUUUCUUUUCCAAGUCUCUCGCUGCAGGCAAAAGAAAACGAUGUGAUCUCACGUCGUCUGCCAACAUGUACUUGCCUGUCCGCGAGUAAGUUCAUACCUAUAUCUAUCUAUCUAUCUAUCUAUCUAUCUAUCUAUCUAUCUAUCUAUCUAUCUAUCUCAGUCUGUUCAUAUCUAUCUCAGUCUGUUUGCAUCUAUCUAUCUAUCUAUCUAUCUAUCUAUCUAUCUAUCUAUCUAUCUAUCUCAGUCUGUUCAUAUCUAUCUAUCUGCCGCAGUCAGUUCAUGUCUAUCGAUUUGAUGCCUAUCUAUCUAUCCCAACUUUUUCCUAUCUAUCUAUCUAUCUAUCUAUCUAUCUAUCUAUCUAUCUAUCUAUCUAUCUCAGUCUAUUCAUAUAUAUCUAUCGAUCUAUUUUUCUAG